GUUACAGUCGUCCUUUUGCCAUUUAAUAAGAUUGUUCGGUGACCGGCGUAAUAGUGAAAAUGUUAAGAUAAAGGAAUGCUAACAAAUUUGCAAAUAAAAAAGUAUAAAAAAUCACUUCGCUUGAAAGGUGGAACAUCGAAAGUGUAUUAGAAGAAUUAAUGGAAUAGAGGCUAACCCAAUCAUUAUUUAUUCAAAGUUACAAAUUAUUAGAUAAUAAUACAUACAUAUAUAUGCAAUUGUUUUGAAAUCCUUAUCUUGGUACUAACGCGAGUAUGCCGGUUGAUAUAUAUUUGUUUUCUACUUAGUUAUGGCAUAAAACAAUAUAUAAAAAGUGAAAUAACAUGAAUAAUUUCAUGAAAAAUUUGAUUUAACAUGAAACGCAAAUACCAUUUCUAGUAUUACUGAUACUUGGUUCAAUUACGGUAACUCUUUAGUCAAUUUCACGGAAAUGUGUACUUCACAGUCUACAAUACCUCCAAGAUGCAUUAUAUUUGUAUUGUCUGCCAUCCGUACUGAAAAAAUGCACUAUCGAUGUUUUCACAUAUCAGCUCUUCUAUUGGAAUUAUUGAUUGUGGCCGUAUUGCUAUUGCAACCGCAAUCAGUUUCAGCAGGGUCAUGUCGUGAAGCGCAGCUCUGCUGCAAUGGGCGUGACUCCUCUUGUGUUGUUCAAAAAACACCAAUUAAUGCAAUAAUUGAAGAUCUAAACGAAAAACCAUGUUAUUGUGACCACGCUUGUCUGAAACUAGGCGACUGUUGUACCGAUUUUAAGGAUCACUGUCGAGUGGUUGACUGCCAAGUGAAUGAAUGGACUGCAUGGAGUGAGUGUGAUAGGAUUUGCGGUACAGGGGUCAUGCUGCGUACCCGUAAAAUAAUUCGGGCACCGCAAAAUGGUGGAAAGCAUUGCCCAUCUCUGACACAGAAGCGAAGCUGUCUAGGUAUUCGAUGUCACACCGAGAGAGGAAAACGAAUCUUUCGAGAAAGUGCAGUUCUACUUCCAUCUUCGGUAGUCUAUAAUUAUAAUACAAAUACAAGUAAAGAAUCUCUUCGGCAAACAAACAAUCUUAAAAGUUAUUGCAUAGAAUUCGAAGUGAUUAAUGCAGCAAAGGAGUGCCACAAAAUUGCACCCUACAAUUUUCUUUUAGAAGGGGAUCGAAUAUCAGUGCGAUGUAAUAUAAGGAAGAUGUCCAACAAAUUGACUGUAUGGAAUGACGAAAUGAAUAUAGCCGCGCAAAACUCUACAUUGCGGGACACUAACAGAGCAGCAAAUUUGAUGCCUAGAAACUUCGCAGUUCAUAACAAUAAUAUUAAAUACAGGGAAAAUACGCAUUGUCGUGGUGAAGGUGCGACGGGUAGAUCUUCAUGGUGGCGAGCAUCCGCGGUUCCGUCUUGUCAAGGGAAAUGGCUGCGACUCACUCUAGAGACGGUUAAAUGUUCACAUACACAUUUCGAAUUCGCUUAAAACUAUAAGCAUAUCAAAUAUGUAAUUUUAAAAUGUUUAUAUUAAUUACACGAAUCAAAAUAUUUAUUAUAUAAUUAGAAACAUUCAACACAGGCAAUAUUAUUGUAAUCAUAUACACAUAUAUGUAUAAACAUGAAAGUUCAGUCUUUCAAUAGGAAUUGACAUCAAUUAUAUAAAAUUUGUAAGUUGGAAAAUUGAUCCGACUUCCAACAUAUACUUUUAUAAAUAGUGAAAGAAAGCAAUACUUAUAAAUAGUAAAAUAAAUAUGAAAUAAUAAAAUAAUUAAUAUAUAUUUUCAUUAAUAAUUUCACGUAUAUCUCCAUAGACUCAGUUUGUUGCCUGCCUAACGAAAUUAAAAAAAAAAAUUAUGGAAAGAAUGAUACACAUCUACACAAUCAUUGUAAUGUUGUUGUCAAUGUUUUUUUUUGUUAUAUGAAGAAUUGGUAAUAUUUCUAUAAGAUUAUCAACUGAAACAUAAUUUAUGAGUAGGGUUUAAACCCCGUUUCGAUGUGACUGUCUUGUGAUACAAUUGCUUAAUUCAAAAACGUAGUUAUAGGAAAUUUCUUUGAAUAUAGUUAAAGCCGAUUUUGUCAAUCAUUUUUUAUAUUAAGUUCCUUCGAUAUUUACAACAUUUUAGUAUAUUAACCAUAAGAUAACGGUACGUCGAAAUGGUGUAUUCAUUUUUGUUUCAGCCUGAGAACGAAAGUCUGAUCAUUUGUAUUCGAAGCAACUUCGCGCAGUUUGCUCAGUCGGUCCUCAUAAGAUUGAAAAUGAACGAAAUAAAUGAUCUCAAUAAAAAAAACGAAUAAUUUAAAAAGUUUGACAUUUUUAUAAUCUUUCAAAAGAAGAUACAUACGUCAUUUCGACAAAUCGUUAUCUUUCCAGUGGUAUAUAUAAAAUAGCGUUAUCUUUCUAGAGUUAAAUACCAAUAUAUGUAUGUAUAUAAUAUAUUCUUAUGCCUGCAAUAAAUCCAUACUAUACAGCAAAAAGUUGGCGCAAUAAGUGCACUAUGACUUUUUCAGAUAUUCUAAGUUAACGAAUUCUUGAUUGUUUGAUAUAAACGAUUACGUAUUAAGUGGAAUAUGAAGUUAUGUGCUAUAAUACAAUAGAGCGCAUUAAGAAUAUAUAAAAAAUUUAAA